AUGGCCUCGCUCGCCAUCAACCCCUACAGCGAGGCAGUCCUCUACACCUCGUCCUCCUCGCGCGACAAAUGGGACAAUAGCGCCAAUCUCUACUCUCUCAUCCUCUCCAUAGAUGCCCUGGAGCGCGCCUAUGUCUCUCAGGCGGUGUCCGAUGCCCAGUAUGCGCCUACUUGCACCAGAUUACUCGCACAGGCAAAGACGUCCAUCAAGCUCGUCACGGGAGCGGGAGUGGCACAUCCGGACGACCCACCGAGUGUCAGGGACUUGGACGAGUUCAUGAAGCUGUGGGACCUCGAUCUCCCUCUAACAUCACAUCGUCUCUCCCUUGGUAUUCCAGCUACUCUCGAACAUCCCGGCGGCGGUUCCUCCUCCCCCUCUGGCAUCCCCGCCUCCGACCGAUCAAAGAACGUCGCCGAAACAACGCAGGCGUUCAUCACACUCAUGGACGCGCUCAAGCUCAAUCUCAAAGCCAAGGAUCAGCUUCACCCUCUACUAGGAGAAGCAGUGAGCUGUUGGAAUCGUAGUGGGGGAGGUGGAGGGGAGGAAGGGCAGGGGGGUCAGAGGGGCAAGUUGGUCGGAUGGCUGAUUACCCUUAAUCAGCUCAAGGCGAGUGAUGAGAUUGAUCAGGAUCAGGCGAGACAGAUGCUAUUUGAUGUAGAAGGAGCAUAUCAGGCCUGGUUCAGAAGCUUGCAAGGAGGAUGACCAGGUUCGAAUCUGCUGUGGUCAACUGCUCCCUUCCAUUGUAUUUUUAUGUCAUACAUUCACAGCAUUCGGCUCUGGGCCUGUACAAGUCAAGAUGAGUGAUGGUAAUGAUGGUAUUCGCCC